UAUUUAUUUUUAUUGCUUAGAUGGGUGGACGUGCUCACAGCCCACCUGGUGUUAAGUGGUUACUGGAGCCCAUAGACAUCUACAACGUAAGUGCGCCACCCACCUUGAGAUACAAGUUCUAAAGUCUCAGUAUAGUUACAGCGGCUGCCCCACCCUUCAAACCGAAACGUAUUACUGCUUCACGGCAGAAAUAGGCAGGGCGGUGGUACCUAUCCGCGCGGACUCACAAGUGGUCCUACCACCAGUAAUUACGCAAAUUCUAAUUUCGCGGGUUUGAUUUUUAUUACACGAUGUUAUUCCUUCACCGUGGAAGUCAAUCGUGAACAUUUGUUGAGUACCUAUUUCAUUAGAAAAUUUGGUACCUGCCUGCGAAUUCGAACACUGGUGCAUCGCUUCAACACGAAUGCACCAGACGUCUUAUCCUUUAGGCCACGACGACUUGUUAAUACGAACAUUUUCUAUUAUAAACUCUUUGUUUCGAGUGAAAAAAAAAGUUCUGUCUGUGUAAAAAGGUUCUGUCAAAAUAUGACAGUAAUCAAAAAGAUAAUGUAAGACAAAAAAUUCAAAAAUUGUUGAAAAUCCCUAAAUUUUCGAUAAAUAUUUAAAAUUUAAAGUACAUCUCUUUUUAAAAUUCUAAAUUCCCUGUGAAAAUGGCCGAAGAAGGCGACGAAAAAGCAAGCGGUGAUGUCGAAGAGGACACUAAGACAGUUACUCCACAACCGGAACCUAAAAUACCCGAUGUGGAAUUAAUUGUUGACGGGUUUGGGUUGAUGCCUAAAUCAAUGAAGGUACCCAAAAACCGCACCUCAAAUGCCUUCGAAGAAUCAAAGCAAAUGUUAAAAGAAAUAAAAGUUACGAAUGAAGAAGCCAAAAGUCCCUGCUCCUCCAGUACUAACAUUGAAGUGGUUAGACGGUACACUUGGAGAACGAAAAAUAGGAUGAGUGUUCAGAUAAUUUCGUAUGGAGCCACGAUCACCUCAAUCCAGGUUCCUGACAAAAAAGGCGUUCCUGAUGAUGUGGUCGCAGGAUUCGACACUUUAGAAGAAUAUUUCCAACCACGAAACCCAUAUUUCGGAGCUACUAUUGGGCGCUACGCAAACAUCAUUCGGGAUGCCACAAUGGUGGUGCGGCCUUCGGGAAGAAUGUACAUGCUGUCAAACAACAAAGGCCAUCACCACUACCACGGAGGAUAUGUUGGAUUCGAUAAGGUUAAUUGGCAUUCAUAUGUGAACGGGAAUCAAGUGAUAAUGAGUCACGUGUCCGAGAGGUUUCACGAGGGAUAUCCUGGCACGGUGAUGGCGCAAAUCACAUUCGAAGUAACCUGUGAUAACACCCUUAAGAUUGAGAUGAAGUGCACAUCGAGCGAACCCACCAUUGUUAACCUGAGCUGCACACCGUAUUUCAAUCUUGCUGGACAUCACUCCGGUAACAAUACAAUGUACGACCACAUAUUUACGAUCAAUGCAGAUAAAUACACCGCUGCAGAUGACGAUGGAGUAGUAACAGGUGAAAAGAAAGUGGUUGGUGGUACUAUAUUCGACUUUAGAGUGCCCCGUGUUUUGAGGACAAUGCUGCCUCGAGUAGCGAUGGGCGGUUAUGAUAUCAAUUAUUGCGUCACACAGGGAACAGCGCAGGAUUUAACUUUUCAUGCCAGAGCCCUCCAUCCAGUAACCGGAAGAGUUAUGGAGUUGUACAGUAACCAACCUGGCUUGCAGUUCUAUACCGGGAAUCUUUUGCCGGAUCCAGAUAAAAUAGUCGAGACUCCAGUCAAGGCCGUCGAAGAGGAAGAGGCCGAGUCCAUCAAGUCUGAGAGCGGUGACAGUACUGCUAGUGAUAAAUCGAGCGUGGCAGGUGAAGUCAUGAACGAAGAAGAAAGCGUGGAGGGCAAAACGAGUGUCGGUUACGUUCCACUGAUGGGCAAACAAGGAACGUUUUACAAGAAACACGGUCUCUUCUGUUUAAUGCCGCAAAACUAUCCUGAUGCUGUUAAUCACACCAACUUUCCGAAUUCGGUGCUCAACCCUGGAGAAGUUUACGUUCACCGAAUACAAUAUAAGUUUGGUAUUCUACUCGGAAGGUAUAUUUGAAAUACGUAUCACAUUUUGGUAUAAAAUUGAACUGAGUUUUUUUUGUAUGAAUCAAGACAAUCAUUUUACGCGCGCUCUUAUUGUGAAUUUCGAUGGUUUUAAUUGCUAUUUUAUUUUAUUCGGGUUUAUAAUUUGGAGAUUGUUAUGUACGUUGAAAAAUAAAAUUUUAAUUACAUGUCUA